UGGGAGCGCGGAAAAAAAGUUAGUUUGUUAACGAGGAGGCAAAAAAUGAAACCCAUUAGUAAUUAAAAAAUGACCCAAAAAAACCAACUAGAUGACUACGCGCCGUAACUCCGCGUUCGGGGCGUGGAAGAGCCUCCAUGGCUAGGGUUCGUUAAAUCCAUUUUCUCAGGCUCUUCCCUGCGCUUCGCUCCGUGCCCCUGGAAUUGCUCCGCAAGGCUUGUGGUCAUGACGGGUCCUGGCAGAUCCAUGCUGUACUCAUUGCUUCUAUUUGCCAUUAUUAUCUCACUUCUGGAGAUGUAUAGAGAGAAAUUGGCAUCUUCUGAGUUGCUGACAAUUUUUGGUGGUUUUAUCAGCUCCCUAUUAUUUCUUGUGAUGCUAACAUUCAUUGGGAAUUAUCAAGAAUCAAGUGGGAUGAAAACCGGAUGGGGUGCUGUUGUACUUGCAGAAAUUGUUGCUCUUAUUGCUGCUAGCACAGUUCAUCGUGUUUGUGUCACAACAUGUUUCUUAUUUUCAGCUGGACUUCUAUACGAGGUUACCAAACUUUCAGGGAUGAUGCUUUCAAAAACGGAACCAAAAAUGCGGCGUUAUUGAAGGGGGGGCUUGUCGAUUGUCCAUCAUUAUAGUGAAGGCCUGUAAUUGUGCAAAUACAGGGUGUUGUUCAGAUAGACUCUUUGGCUUUACAUCUGGAUACAGAGAUUAUAGGGGAUGACGACUUUCAUGAAAUGAUGUUCAACCUGCCUUAUUUAAGUAAUAUGAAAUUGUCUACAAUAGGCGAGAUUAGGUACAUUGUUACUAGUUUAGUUGAUGCCCUCAUAGAGUUGAGACAGUAAAGACACUGGGAUUUUCCUUUCAUGAAGAUGGAUCUUGAUGCUUGUUUUGUUUGACUAAAUAAUGCCAAGCUUGUGAAUUGAAACGCUAGAUUGUGUUCAUGAGUCUUACUCAUUCAAUUUA